CGAUGAAUGGAGGCGGUGGGGCGCGCGGGCGGAUGGCUGGGUCUGAGACUGAGGCUGGGUCUGAGACAGGCGCAGGCAGGAUGGGGCUCGGUGGUGGCGGCGGCGGCGGCGGCAGUGGUGGCGUCGUGUGCGGGUUCUGGCGGCGGGUGUCGGGCCCGGAGGAGCGGCGGCUGCUGGAGCUCCUCUCCUACGGGCUGGUGGGGCUGGGUGCCGCCUCCGCCCUGCUGCUGCGCUUCAUCCCAAUGCCCUACGGCCGCUACUCCUCCCGCCGCUUUGGCUGGCUGCUGCCCGCCCGCCCCGCAUGGAUGCUGCAGGAGCUGCCCUCUCUUCUCGUCCCGCUGGGGCUGGCUGCCUGUGGCGGGGCCACUGCAGCCGCCUGGCCCAACCGGGUACUGCUGGGCUGCUUCGUCCUGCACUACGCGCACAGGUCACUCAUAUUUCCUCUUCUGAUCCGGCAAGGAAAACCCACACCAUUUUUCACUUUCGUGCUAGCACUUCUGUUCUGUGUUUACAAUGGAUACUUGCAAGGCCGAAGCUUAAGCAACUAUGCAGAAUACCCUUCAGGCUGGUUAAAAAAUCCAUGUUUCACUACAGGUUUUAUAGGAUGGUUGGUUGGCAUGGCAAUCAAUAUUCAUUCUGAUCAUAUUCUCAGAAAUUUGAGAAAACCAGGUGAAACUGGUUACAAGAUACCAAGAGGAGGAAUGUUUGAGUAUGUCAGUGGAGCCAACUUUUUUGGAGAGAUCCUGGAAUGGUUUGGGUUUGCCCUUGCCUGCUGCACCAUUGAAAGCCUUGCAUUUGCAGUGUGCACGCUUUUCAUCUUGAGUUCAAGGGCUAAACAACACCACCAAUGGUACCUUGAGAAAUUUAAAGACUACCCCAAGAACAGAAAAAUUGUGAUCCCAUUUAUUUACUGAACUGUGCUUCUAACACUGCAUUUGAAGUGGUGGCCCUGUUGUAAUAGCUAACACCUCACAUGUGUUGGCAUCUUAACAACCUACUCUGAUCAGCACUGUGGCAAAGCCUUUGCAUCAGUGCUGCUUUUAGUUACUGCUUUUGCUUUUAAUGAAAACUCGGAAUAUAAUGAAUAUGGUGAAGAGGAACAAAAAUGCUUUUCCAACAGUGGAGCACCAUCAUGAAUACAUUAUGCAAUACAUCUGGAUUCUUAUCAUGGGAAGUACUCUAUGGGACUUUUGGUACUUCCUCUUCUGCCUCUGCAGGUUUCUGCUGCUUCCACUUGAUCUGGCCACACUGUCCUGAGGGUUGUGCCAUGACCCCAGUUGCCCUCAUUGCAGCUGGAUGCUGUGUUCUGCUGUUAUUGUUUGCCUGCAUAAUACAAAUGGGUUGAUCUUUUCCUUGCUUUCCUAAUCCUUUCUUCCCCCACCUGGAUUUCCAGGAGAACUGAUUAUGAUGCAGACCAAGGAUAUUAGACAAAUAUAGUCACUGUCAGGUGUUAUUCCUCUUCCUCUUUGCACUCUUACACUUAUGAACACUCUAAAUAAUACUUUAUACCAUUUACAGUGACUGCUUUACUGCUACCUUUCCCAAAUAAUAGAUUAAGAUUUUCAUCUACCUCUGAAAUCUGAUAACUGUCUCAAUAUUCAUCAUGUGUUUUCUCACUCAACAUUAUUUUUGGAAGGAAUAACUAUUUGGGAUACUUAAGCCAGUUCUAGCACUGUUAACAAUUGUGUAAUGUUUUCUAUCUUAUCUUAUAAAAAAAAUCCUUUAGAUUUUUACAAAAUUCUUACUAUGCUGUUCAAAAAAAAA